GGAUCGAGCCACGAGACGCGCCGAGGCCCGGCUGCUUGGGUUUCCGUCAGGACUGGAGUCCAGAGGCACGCGGACCGCGGCGGCGAUGGAGAGGGGCGCGGGGGCCCGCACGGCCAGCGCGCUGUUCGCGGGGUUCCGGGCCCUGGGGCUCUUCAGCAACGACGUCCCGCACGUGGUGCGGUUCAGUGCGCUGAAACGCCGCUUCUACGUGGCGACCUGCGUGGGCAAGAGCUUCCACACCUAUGAUGUUCAGAAACUUAGUCUGGUCGCAGUAAGUAACUCUCUUCCACAGGAUAUCUGCUGUAUGGCAGCUGAUGGGAAGCUAGUCUUUGCUGCUUAUGGAAAUGUUUUCUCUGCAUUUGCCCGAAAUAAAGAGGUAGUACACACCUUUAAGGGUCAUAAGGCAGACAUCCAUCUUUUGCAACCCUUUGGGGAUCACAUUAUCUCUGUUGAUACUGACAGCAUUCUUAUUAUUUGGCACAUAUAUUCAGAAGAAGAAUACCUGCAGUUGACUUUUGAUAAAUCGGUAUUUAAAAUUUCCGCAAUUUUGCAUCCGAGUACCUACUUGAAUAAAAUACUUCUUGGCAGUGAACAAGGAAGCCUACAGUUAUGGAAUGUAAAAUCCAAUAAACUUCUAUAUACAUUUCCAGGAUGGAAAGUUGGAGUGACAGCUCUUCAGCAGGCACCAGCUGUGGAUGUUGUUGCUGUUGGUCUCAUGUCGGGUCAGGUUAUCAUUCACAACAUUAAGUUUGAUGAAACAUUAAUGAAGUUUCGUCAAGACUGGGGACCUAUUACUUCUAUUUCAUUUCGCACAGAUGGUCAUCCAAUAAUGGCAGCUGGCAGUCCAUGUGGCCAUAUUGGACUCUGGGAUCUAGAAGACAAAAAAUUAAUCAAUCAAAUGAGAAAUGCACAUUCUACAGCAAUUGCCGGACUGACAUUUCUCCAUAGAGAGCCACUUCUUGUCACAAAUGGCGCUGACAAUGCUCUCAGGAUAUGGAUAUUUGAUGGUCCCACAGGUGAAGGCCGGCUUUUGAGAUUCAGAAUGGGACAUAGUGCUCCUCUUACCACAAUCAGAUAUUAUGGACAAAAUGGACAGCAAAUUCUUAGCGCAAGUCAAGAUGGAACUCUUCAGUCAUUUUCCACGAUACAUGAAAAAUUUAACAAGAGCUUGGGACACGGAUUAAUAAAUAAAAAGAGAGUCAAACGUAAAGGACUUCAGAAUACCAUGUCAGUGCGACUUUCACCCAUCACAAAGUUUGCAGCUGAGGAAGCUCGUGAAAGUGAGUGGGAUGGUAUCAUUGCUUGCCAUCAAGGUAAGCUGUCAUGCUCCACCUGGAACUAUCAGAGAUCUACAAUAGGUGCUUACUUUCUCAAGCCAAAAGAGCUGAAGAGAGAUGACAUAACUGCAACAGCAGUGGAUAUAACUUCUUGUGGAAACUUUGCUAUAAUUGGUCUCUCAUCAGGAACUGUGGAUGUAUAUAACAUGCAGUCUGGUAUACAUCGAGGAAGUUUUGGCAAAGAUCAAGCUCAUGAAGGGUCUGUUAGAGGUGUUGCAGUGGAUGGAUUAAACCAGUUGACCAUCACAGCUGGUAGUGAAAGAUUACUCAAGUUCUGGAAUUUUAAAAACAAAGUUUUAAUCCAUUCUGUGAGCCUCGAGUCAUCUCCAAAUAUGAUGCUGCUACAUAGAGACAGUGGCAUUCUGGGACUUGCCUUGGAUGACUUCUCCAUUAGUGUUCUGGACAUAGAAACUAGGAAGAUUGUCAGAGAGUUUUCUGGACACCAGGGCCAAAUAAAUGACAUGACUUUCAGUCCUGAUGGUCGUUGGUUAAUAAGCGCUUCAAUGGAUUGCUCUGUUAGAACUUGGGACCUUCCGUCUGGGUGCCUUAUAGACAGCUUUUUGCUGGACUCAGCUCCUCUCAAUGUUACUAUGUCCCCUACUGGAGACUUUCUGGCUACUUCCCAUGUGGACCACCUUGGAAUUUAUCUGUGGUCCAAUGUCUCCCUGUAUUCAGUUGUUUCAUUACGACCACUUCCUGCAGAUUAUGUUCCUUCAGUAGUGAUGCUUCCUGGUACUUGUCAAACCCAAGAUGUAGAAUUAUCAGAAGAAACCAUAGAACCAAGUGAUGAAAUGAUAGAGUAUGAUUCCCCAGAACAGCUGAAUGAGCAGUUGGUGACUCUAUCACUCCUCCCUGAGUCACGGUGGAAAAACCUUCUUAAUCUUGAUGUUAUUAAGAAAAAGAAUAAACCAAAGGAACCACCCAAAGUACCCAAAUCAGCACCGUUUUUUAUUCCGACAGUUCCUGGCCUUGUACCCAGAUAUGCUGCACCUGAACAAAAUAAUGAUCCCCAGCAGUCUAAAGUGGUAAAUCUUGGAAUUUUGGCUCAAAAAUCAGAUUUCUGCUUGAAACUUGAAGAAGGACUGGUAAAUAAUAAAUAUGAGGCUGCUCUUAACCUUCUGAAAGAAUUAGGCCCAUCAGGAAUUGAAACAGAGCUGCGAAGCUUGUCUCCUGAUUGUGGCGGGUCUGUAGAAGUCAUGCAGAGCUUCUUAAAAAUGAUCGGGAUGAUGUUGGACAGAAAGCGUGAUUUUGAGUUAGCCCAGGCAUACCUUGCGUUGUUUUUAAAGUUACAUCUCAAAAUGCUUUCUUCAGAGCCAGUGCUUAUAGAAGAAAUGACAAAGUUAUCAUCACAGGUGGAAGAAAAUUGGAUCCAUUUACAGUCACUCUUCAAUCAAAGCAUGUGUGUUUUAAAUUAUAUAAAAAGUGCUUUGUUAUAAAAGUAAAUUGACUAAAUAAAUCAAAGACUUUCAUAUUAAAUGGGUUCAGUUUAACUCAUAUCUUGUUUUCCAAGUUUCAAUGUGAAAAGAAAAUAAACGCUGGCACUGACUAGUCAGUCAUUCUCCCCCUUAAAUGCUAAAUACUUUCUGGCUGCCCUUUGUUUUAAAGACUUAACGAAUCUGCUCAAAUGAUUUAUUUUCUGAGUCUCUUCACAUCGGUUACUUGUAUAUGACUUUUUUUGGAUUGUCAUCACCAGCUCAUGUUCUUUUUUUUUUUUGAGGAAGAUUGGCCCUGCACUAACAUCUGUUGCCAAUCUUCCUCUUCUUUUUUUUUUUCUUUCUUUCCUCCCUAAAGCCCCAGUACAUAGUUGUAUAUCAUAGUUGUAGAGUUGUAGCUCUUCCAUAUGGGAUGCCACCUCAGUGUGGCUUGAUGAGCGGUGAGUAAGUCCAUGCCCGGGAUCCGAACUGGGGAACCCCAGACCGCCAAAGUGGAGUGUGCGAACUUAACCACUACACCACCGGGCUGGCCCCCCGGCUCAGGUUUUUUGAAUAUCUGUAACAUAGAAGAGAUGCUGGGUGUUUUCAUGUAAAGUAUUGCUGUAUUAAAUUGAAGAUAAAACUGAUAGAUAAUGCAGUUAUAAAAGUGCCUUCAUGAUAUGAAGUAAAAAGUUGUGUUUCCUUCCUUGUUGGCCUUUGAUGAAAACGUGGAUCGAGGAAUCUUAGAGCUGGAAGGUGUGUCAGACAUUAGUGCAGCCCUCCUGUAAUGCACAGAGGAGGCUGCUGAAAUCAGCUCGGGAUCUCAGUGACAGAUCCAGAUUUUCUAACACUGCCAUGGUGCUCUCUCUAGAGUAGCCUUUCUAAAGGAACUUGUCCUUGUAUUAGGAACAUGAGAGGCACUUUUACAAGGCACAUUGCUACAGGAGACACUUGACAGAUACCUAGGAUAGGUCGGGAAAAUUCCAAAUUCCGUCGAAGAUAUCCUUAAAAGGUUUUUCUUCCCCACUGAUGACGUUUUUAUUUGGGAGGAAACUGCUGACUGUACUUUUCUCUCAUAACCAUUGUGAAACCAGAUAGCUGUGGCAGUUUCUCAUUAUCGUUUUCUUUUCAUGGUUCAAGACUUGAGCCAUACAUGGAUUAAAAAUAAGUGAUUCUUAAAAGCACAGCGCUCUAAAAACAAUAUUUAGUUUACGCUACUCUAAAGUAGUGUCAUUCAUGAAAUGCAGCCGGUUGUAUUUGAAAGCCAGUAUGGUUCUCAUUAGGAUAAGAAGGUUUUACAGAAAAAUCUCCAGAAAGAAGAGUCCUCGUGAGUUGAUCAGUGAUAACUUUAAAUAUCAAAGUGUUUUUGUUUAAUGGUGUAAAGUAGGAUUAGUAAACUGCUAAAGAAAUAAGCCAGUCUGGUUUUGUACUCUCAUUUUGUAUUUCUUUUAGAAGUGUAAAUAAACUUAAUAAAGCCAUUGACUGAAAUGUUAAUAAUGAUUUAAGUUCUAACUUUAAAACUAUUUCUCUCUGCCGCAAAUAGUAUAUUCUAAAGAUAUGGCAAGAUUUCAGUAUACAGUCAUGUACCAUGAAGAUUGUAAAUAACUAAAACAAAAUAAUAAGCACUCUAAACUGAAAUUGUAUUGCUUUUGUAAAUCUUGAACUGAAUUUUCUUCUUUUUCAAAUGAGAACACAGGAGUUGUGUGUGUUGUUUUUAUUGGAGAUAACUUUAGAUAGUAUUACGACACUAUUUUGGUAGUUAAUCUUCCAGAACCUUUGCUCUGUGUUUGCCAUCAAGGAAGGGAGGGAGAAGGAAAUACAAAGGAUAAUUUUGUGUGUAUGUUUUUUCUUAAAAUGUAUGACUCUGUGUCCUGUUUUUCCUUUAAAUUUUAAAUUACAAAUGUAGUAUAUGACAACAUUUUACUUGUAAAAACAUCAGAGACAAGUCUGUUUUUAACUAUCAGCUUCAAACCCAUUAUUCUCCCUAGAAAUAACAGUUGUUAACUUUCCAUCUGGACCUUUUUCUAUGAAUGUAUAUACAUGUUAUAUAUGCCAAAGGAAAUUAAAUAUAUAGUUUUGGUUUUUACAUAAAUAUAUGUUUAUCAUUCUGCAGCUUUUCUACUUGGUUUUCUAUUUUUCGUUAUAAUCAUACAUAAUCUCUUCACUUUUUAACGUCCCACAAUCCGUUUAGCCUAUAAUGGACUCUUAAGGUAGAUUCCUUUUUUUCUUUUUCCUAAUUACAAACAGUGCUGAAAGAACAUCAUCCUGUAUGACUUUUAUGUGCAUAUAAGGAUUUCUCUGUAAUAUGUGCUUUGGCUUUGAAUUGCUGGGCCAGAGUUAGGCAGUUUUAAAAGAGAUAAUUCAGUUGGCUUCCAAAAUGACUGUUAUCAAUUUAUAGUUUCUCGUAUCAUUUUAAAAUUUUUUAUUAAUCUAGUGGGUGGAAAAAUGUUGUUUUAAUUCAAAAAUUUCUGUCACUAAUGAGGAUGGGCAUCUUUUCAUAUGUUUAUUUUAGACCAUUUUUAUAUUUCUCAUGUGAAUUACCUUUUCCCAACACUGCUCAUUUUUUUAUUGAGUGAUUUGUCUCAUGGAUUUGUUCGGAGUUUUUCAUAUAGUUUAGAUGUUAGUCUUUUAUGUUUGUUACCAGUGUUUUCUGUUAAUUGGUCACCUGUCUUUAACUUAUGGUGUCUUUUUUUAAUAGAUGUUUUAUAUUUAUAUAUAGUCAAAUCAAUAGUUUUUUUAUGACUUUAUUUAAAAACAUAAAGCAUAUUCUGUAUUUUCUUCUAACAUAUUUAUCAUGUAUGCAUCCAGAUCUUCAUCUGGAGUUGACUUUUGUGAAAAGUGUAAGGAAUAGAGCUGAUUUUAUUUAAAAGUCCAAAAACCGUUUAUUGAAGUCCAUUCUUUUCUCACUGAUUUGAAGUGCUGUUUUAUUACGUGCUAAGUAUUUGAUAUCCCUAAUAAAUAAUGCAUUGCUUUGA